AUGUUUGUUUAUCUAGUAUUUCUUGUAUUUGAAGUAAUAUAUGAUUUUUCAUUUACUGGGAGUUCCCAGACAAAAACUCUCGAACCUGGAUUCUAUAAAUUCGAAGUUUGGGGUGCUCAGGGUGGUGGAUCUAUGCCUGGCAACUCUAACUCUGGUCCAGGAAGUAAAGGAGGCUAUUCUGUCGGUUAUAUAACAUUAACUGAGACUACAACAGUCUAUAUUCAAGUUGGCGGUGUUGGAAAAUCUGUAUCCUCUGGAAGAGCAGAAGGUGGAUACAAUGGAGGUGGAUAUGCUUGGGCAAGUAGUUGGGAUGAUCCAGCACAUGGUGGUGGAGGUGGAACAGACAUCAGAAUCAACGAAGAUAACAUUUAUGCGCGUGUAAUUGUGGCAGGAGGCGGUGGAGCUGGUGGCGAAGAUAGUGAAUAUGGAGGUUUUGGUGGUGGCCUAACUGGAGGCGGAAAUGCACAUGGAGAUUACCAUCCAGGUGGUCAAACUUCAUCAUCAUAUGGAGGUGCUUUCUUUCAAGGGGCACACACCAGAAAUGAUGGAGGCGGUGGAGGGGGAGGUUGGUACGGUGGAGGUACUCUCGAUGGCUCUCAAUCAAUUCCAACGUCAAAUUCCGGAGAAGAUACUAAUGGAGGUAGUGGAGGUAGCGGUUAUGUUUACACAGAAUCAACAGCAAAAAGCUAUCCAAGUGGAUGCAAACUAACAUCGAAAUACUACUUGACAAAUGCAUCUACAAUUGGUGGAAAUCAACAAAUUACAGAACCAGAUGGAACAAUAUCAACCGGACAUUCAGGAAACGGGACUGCAAGAAUUACUUUAGUUUAUCUUGGUUUAAGUUAUUAUUUAUUCCAAAAUGAAUGGGCAGUUGUUGGAUUUCUCGACAACUGUUUAAGUAUUAUUGAACCAGAAUCCACAAUCUUUGAACAGAAUGUUGUUUCUAUUGCAAAUAAUGCAUUCAAAGAUCAAAGUUGUAUCACAGAAGUAAAAUUGCCAGAUACGAUUAGAGAAAUUGGUUCGAGUGCAUUUGAGAAUUGCAUAACUCUUGUUAAUGUUUCAUUUAUUACAUCUUCCUCACUUAUAUCAAUUGGAGAUUCAGCAUUUAAAGGCUGCUCUAAACUUAAUUCAUUUGGUGAUUUGUCAAAAGCUACAACAAUCGGAAAUUAUUGUUUUCAAGGAUGUACUUCACUAAAUUCAUUUGGUAAUUUAUCUAAAGUUACAACAAUUGGAGAUUAUUGUUUCCAAGGGUGCACAUCUUUGCAAUCAAUAGGCGAUUUAACCAAUUUGGCAUCGAUUGGUACAUUUUGUUUCCAAGGAUGUACUUCACUGAAUUCAUUUGGUGAUCUAUCUAAAGUUUCUUCUAUUGGUGAUUAUUGUUUCCAAGGAGCUGGAACUUUGAAUCAAAUCGGAGAUAGAUUCCUAGAUUUACAAACAAUUGGCAAAUCUGCAUUUAAGAGUUCCGGCAUUGAAACAAUCAAUCUCUCUCAUUGUUUACAAUUAACAUCUUUUUCAUCAGAUAUAUUCAGAGAAUGUUUCAACCUUCAAUCAGUGUUUUUGCCCAUGUAUCUCACGUCAAUUGCUCCUCACUGUUUUUAUUACUGUAUCUCAUUGAAAUACGUUGACCUCCCCUUUAAAAUCACUUCCCUUGGCGAGCAUUCCUUUAGCUAUUGUCGCUCCCUUGUCUUUGUAAACAUUCCUGGAACUGUUCCUUCUAUCAAUCCAUAUACGUUUUCCAACUCUGGAAUUGAAUCUGUAAGAUUUAGAGCCACAAUUACAAUAAACGGAAAUGCGUUUUGUAACUGUUCCAACUUAACCAGUGUUACUUUAUUUGAGAAUUCCGUUAUAAAGCCUCAAGCAUUUGCCCUUUGUCCAAAUAUCUCCAAGAUAUUCUUGUCUGAACUCGUCACCCUUCAUAAUAACUCUUUUGAUAAUAUUUCCCCUUCUGUUUUUUAUCUCGGGUUAAUCCACGUUUGUCCUGAACAAAGCAAAUUUGAAUUGAGAAAGUUUAAUUUAAAUUCAGUUAAUGUUCGAAAAAGGUAUGAGUAUGAUGAUUAUGCAGGUAUUAAAGUAUAUAGGAUGGAAGUUGAAGAUUUACACUGUGGUCGAUUUCCAUCACUUGCAUAUAGUUUAAUUGAAUCUCUUAAGAAAUUUACAUCUCUCAGUGCAUUCCAAGUUAUUGUUUAA